AUGACGCGUGCCGCGCAGACUAUUUCCUUUGCACUGCUGGUGUCCUCGGCAUACCUCCUGCUGGCGCUUCCACUACUGACGGAGAACUCGCCCAUUCCAUCUAUCCUGCCAGCGAAGAUCCAGAACGAAAUCGUCCCAGUGCUGCCAUUUUGGGCUGUGAUUUCACUCGGCGCGUACCUGCUUGGCCGACUUGGACUCGGUGUCCUCACCUUCAACGAUACCCACGAUGCCUAUGUCGAGCUCCAGACUCAGAUCGAACAGGCCAAGAAGGAUCUGUCGGCCCGCAAAGUCGGCACCGAUUAG